AUAUUUGCAACUAUACCCUUUUCUUUCUCUGAAUUUACUUCAAAAAAUUAUGGGGAAGCUCUUUCUAAGAGUUUAUUGUACUUUGAAGCGCAGCGUUCAGGGCAUUUACCUUAUAACCAAAGAGUUGCUUGGAGAUCUCAUUCUGGUCUCCUUGAUGGCCUUCAACAAGGGGUUGAUUUGGUUGGUGGGUAUUAUGAUGCGGGUGAUAAUGUGAAAUUCGGACUACCCAUGGCUUUCACAAUGACAAUGCUAUCAUGGAGUGUUCUUGAAAACGGGAAAGACAUUAUGAAUGCUGGAGAAUAUGUUCAUGCCCUUGAAGCAAUUAAAUGGGGAACUGAUUAUUUCAUCAAAGCUCAUACUCAUCCUACUCUCUUGUGGGUCCAGGUAGGUGAUGGCUACACCGAUCACUAUUGUUGGCAACGACCAGAAGAUAUGACAACAUCACGACGAGCUUACAAGAUCGACGAGAAAAAUCCGGGAUCGGAAGUAGCCGGAGAGACGGCGGCAGCAAUGGCAGCUGCGUCCUUAGUGUUUAGGACAACUAACCCACAUUACUCUAACAUGCUUUUGGACCAUGCUCAACAAUUAUUUAAGUUUGGUGACAAUUAUAGAGGGAAAUAUGAUGAAAGUAUAAAAGAAGUAAAGGGUUAUUACCCUUCAUAUAGUGGGUAUAAAGAUGAGUUGUUAUGGGGAGCUUUGUGGUUAUACAUGGCCACAAAAAAUGUGAAUUAUUUGGAAUAUGUCAUCAAUAAUGCUGCUUUAUUUGGAGGAGUUACUUGGGCUGUAAAUGAAUUUAGUUGGGAUAUCAAAUAUGCUGGUGUUCAAAUUAUUGCUUCCAUGUUGGUAAAUGAUGGGAAGAAUGAUAAACACAAGCAAAUAUUAAAUCAAUACAAAUCAAAAGCAGAACACUACAUUUGUGGCUUUCUCAACAAAAACAAAGUCAACAAUGUAAAGCGCACCCCAGGAGGUUUACUAUACACCCGUAAAUGGAAUAAUAUGCAAUAUGUAUCAAACGCAGCGUUUCUUCUUUCAGUCUAUUCUCAUUACCUUCAAACGACGCGUCAAACUCUAAAUUGCGCCCUUGGAGAAGUGAACUCGCAACAAAUGUUCUCCCUUGUCAAAUCACAAGUAGACUAUAUUUUGGGCUCUAACCCAAUGGGCAUUAGCUAUUUGGUCGGGCUUGGGCCCAAAUACCCAUUAAGAGUCCAUCAUAGGGGUGCAUCAGUCCCAUCCUUUAGAGUCAAUAAGGAAUUUAUUGGGUGUACUGAGGGAUACAAUAAUUGGUAUGGACAUCCAAAUCCAAAUCAUAAUGUUUUGAAUGGAGCACUCGUUGGUGGGCCCAAUGAUCAAGAUGAGUUUGUUGAUAAGAGGAGCAAUUAUCCUCAAACUGAGGCUUGUACAUAUAAUGUUGCCCCUUUAGUUGGGGUUCUUGCUAAAUUACAUAGUUUAUAUACUCUUCCUAUUAAUCAUUCUUAUGUUUAG